CCGCCCCGGGCCGCCGAGGCCACUAGGGAAGCUCGGCCUUGCCAAGCGCCCCCGGCCAGCGAGAGCGGCGCGGGCGAGCCGGCGCCCCCGGAGCCCAGGGGUUACACCCGUCUACGUAGAGAGGCGCACCGGACACGGUAAUUAGGAGCAAUUCACACGCUCGCGGGCGCACGGAAACUACUUGUCACGGUAUUUUCAAUGCUCCUCCUCGCCCACUUUUUUCCUUGCCCGGCGCGCCCCCUCCCCUCCCCGAGGCACACAGUGGCGCUUUUGGAGUUUCGAAUCUUUCGGACACUGUAGAAUGAGGGGCUCCCCGGGCGCGGGUCCGGCCAAUCAGAGCGCCGUCUGCCUCCCCUGGCCAAUGGCAGGCGCCACAUUGUUGUCCAAUUCUGUCUAAUGGAGCCCUAAGGAGCAACAAUAGAGCGGGCGAGCGGCUCAUUGAGAGUCUGGCAGCGCCGGGCAACUGGGCCCCGGCUGCGCGCAGCGUCCGGCGCGCACCUCGAGGGCACGCGGCACUGCGAGAGCUGGCUCGCGGGUUCUGGCUGGCCGGCCCCUACACGGGCCCCCGGCUCGGCUUUCCGACGGCAAGGUCGGACCGCGCCGCCUUCUGAGGGGGUCCGGAAGUUCGGAGAUGGUGACUGAAGGAGGGUGACGUGGUCAGAUAAGGGGCCGGGGGCAAGGGAAAGAGGCCGAGAGCGCCAGCGUCGCGAGCGGAGCCGGGAGGCGCGUGCGGCGCCCGCGGAGGAGGAGGACCCCGGAGCCCAAGGCAGGUCAGGUCCUGCCAUGGAGCUGCGCUCGGAGCUGCCCAGCGUGCCCGGCGCGGCGACGGCGGCUGCGACUGCGACAGGGCCGCCCGUGGCGUCGGUGGCGUCGGUGGCAGCGGCCGCGGCGGCGGCCGCGUCUCUGCCAGUGAGCGUGGCAGGCGGCUUGCUGCGGGCGCCGCCGCUGCUGUUGCGGGCGGCCGAGAAGUACCCGCGGACCCCUAAGUGCGCGCGCUGCCGCAACCACGGCGUAGUGUCGGCGCUCAAGGGCCACAAGCGCUACUGUCGCUGGAAGGACUGCCUGUGCGCCAAGUGCACGCUCAUCGCCGAGCGCCAGCGCGUCAUGGCCGCACAGGUGGCGCUGCGUAGGCAGCAGGCGCAAGAGGAGAACGAGGCGCGCGAGCUGCAGCUGCUCUACGGCACUGCCGAGGGCCUGGCGCUGGCCGCCGCCAACGGCAUCAUCCCACCUCGGCCCGCCUACGAGGUCUUUGGCUCGGUGUGCGCCGCCGACGGCGGGGGGCCUGGAGCUGGAGCGCCCGCGGGGACUGCAGGCGGCGCGGCAGGCGCAGGGGGCGCAGAGGCCAAGCUGCAGAAGUUUGACCUGUUCCCCAAGACGCUGCUUCAGUCGGGCCGCCCGGGCAGCCCGCAGCCGCCGCCGGUGAAACCCUUGUCACCCGACGGCGCGGACUCGGGGCCCGGGACGUCGUCUCCAGACGUGCGGCCCGGCUCAGGCUCAGAGAACGGCGACGGCGAGUCCUUUUCGGGGUCUCCCCUGGCCCGGUCCUCCAAGGAGGCGGGCGGCAGCUGCCCCAGCAGCGCUGGCCCCAGUGGCGGCGGCGAGGAGGACAGCCCGGGCUCUGCCAGCCCUCUGGGCUCCGAGUCCGGUUCGGAAGCUGACAAAGAAGAGGCCGAGGCCGCCCCGGCGCCAGGGCUGGGCGGAGGCCCUGGUCCGCGGCAGCGGACGCCGCUGGACAUCUUGACGCGCGUCUUCCCGGGCCACCGGCGGGGCGUCCUGGAGCUGGUGCUUCAGGGCUGCGGCGGCGACGUGGUGCAGGCUAUCGAGCAGGUGCUGAACCACCACCGCGGAGGCCUGGCGGCCGGCCUGGGCCCCACCGCGCUCCCGGAUAAGGCCGCGGUGGGUGCGGCAGCAGCUGCGGACGACGCGUGGCCGGGCCGCGUCGACGCCGCCGCCGCCGCCGCGGCGGCCGGAGGUCCCGGGCUGCCCGCGCCGCUGCAAGCUGGGCCCGCAGCACCUCCGCACCACAGACCCUUGCUGGCCGGCGCCAUGGCGCCCGGGGCUCUGGGCUCGCUGAGCAGCCGCUCCGCCUUCUCGCCACUGCAGCCCAACGCCAGCCACUUCGGCGCCGACGCGGGAGCCUACCCUCUGGGCGCGCCGCUCGGCCUCAGCCCUCUGCGCCUGGCCUACUCGGCGGCGGCCGCACACAGUCGCAGCCUGGCCUUCAUGGCGCCCUACUCCACUGCGGGCCUGGUGCCCACGCUCGGCUUCCGCCCACCCAUGGACUACGCCUUCAGCGAUCUCAUGCGCGACCGCUCGGCCGCCGCGGCCGCUGCUGUGCACAAGGAGCCGACCUACGGCGGAGGCCUUUACGGGCCAAUGGUCAAUGGCGCGCCGGAAAAGCAGUAGGGAGCGGGGCCCUGCAGCCGGGCGGCCCCGAAACAGGCACCCCAGCCUUGUACCCUUGGGCAGACCCCUCGGCGGCCCGACGCGCUCUCUGCGCCCUGGCUGGGGUCUCGCCGCCCCAAGGUGGUUUUUCUGUCUUGUUUUGGAGGGUGGAGAGGCUGAUCAAAGGGGAGCAGCGACAGGUGCAGAUCCUCAUAUCUCCUGCGGGCGGCCCCCUCCCCAGUGCUCCCCCAACCCUCCUUUCCGGAGAGUUCUCGGACUGCGGCUGCGGCGUAGGCUCCUGCCGCGCCUUCAGCUGCGGUCACCCCGCUCUCCCGCGCUCUCAAAUGGAUGGCAGGAUAGUCCGAGGGUCUCUUCGGUGUUUCUCCCUACCCCUUAAAUUUUUUUUUAAAAAUAUUCGCUCUAACAAAUAUAAAUUUAGGAUGUAUAAAUCUCUUGGCACUGAGUCGAGUCUUUGGGACACACAUAUAUAUCAAAUGUAAAAAAAAAAAAGGAAACAAGUUCUAAGGUGCACUUUCCUCGUUGCGGUAUUUGUCGCUCUCUUUGUUGCUUAUGCAGACAAGCAUGGGUUUCCUUGGUGCAGUGUGAGUUUUUAUAUAUGUAUAAAUCUAUAUAUAAUCUAUACAUAUAUAUAUACAAGCCAGUGUAUAAUGUUAUAAAAUGGAAUUCUAAGUUAUUAAUUGUAAUUUGUAGGUGACCUCGGUAUUAACGUGAAAAACAUUCAAAAACAAGCAAAAAAAAGGACAAAAUGGAAAAAAUUAGACUAUGCGCGCAAUUG